AUGUUAAAGAAAUUUUUCUCAAGGCAAUCUGAGGCCUCGGUCAAUCCCAAUGAAGCAGAACACAUGCUUGGUUAUGAGCAAGAUCUUAGAAAUUUUGUUUUACUUCUAGAAAGUGAGGCAAUACAAGAUGGAUACCUGAAGUUCAUUAACACAUCUAUUAAUUCAUCCUUAAAGAUGGGUACAAAGCAUCAGCCUAGAAAUCUAAUGGAGCUUAUGGAGAAUUCCACCAGCUUCGAGGGUGUAUUAAAAUUUGAAAGUGAUAAAGUCUCUCCAAUUAUUUGGACAGAACCUCUUAAUUGCUGGAGUCUAUCCGUGGCAACGCUAACAAGCAUCAUGAUUGCUCUUCCCAACGUUCAAAAUGAGAAGAAGAAUCAGUUUGUUAGAAGUGUCAUAGAAGAAGCCUUGGAAACGGAUGAAGGUAACGCGGAGUCUCAUGUGAGCGGGGAAGUGGCCGAAGAGUCAUGA